AUGGUGAAUACACGUUCAAGCCAUCUUCCAGCAAGCUCAUCCGCUCCGGACCAGCCCCCAGCCCCGGAGCGCCCAAUACAUCAAGGAGAGUCGUCAGCUGUGCCAACUCCUCAACCAGCAACGGUUACUGCUGGAGCAUUCGAAGAACUCCGCCAGCGAGUUGCAACACUGACCCAGUUGCUGAUUGGGAGGAGUACACCCCAGGAUCCAGCACCAGAGCGUACACCGGUCCCUCCGAAGGAUUUCAUGGAUGAUGCCCGAGCUCGGGAUAAUCGUCAGGCCCACGACAAUGGUGGGACUGGGGCCUCAGGCAUACCCCCGAUAGCCUCGGCCUCGAGAUUGGUUACUAUGGACUCAGGAGAGCUAGCCCGUAUCAUACAGGAUGGGAUUACAGCAGGACUACAGAAGAAUACCAAGGGAAUAACGGGUUUCAUCCCCAACACUCCUUUUACGCCAGAAGUUCUCUCCUACCCCCUCCCGGACAAGUUCAAGUUCCCUCAUGUGAAAGAGUUCGAUGGGACCACUGACCCCAUCAACCACCUAAAUGUGUAUACGGAUGUCAUGAACCUACAAGUUGCACCAGAUCCGGUAAUGUGCAAGGCCUUUCCCCAGACUUUGACAAACGCGGCCAGGGAUUGGUUCGCUACGUUGGAGCCUAAUUCCAUAGCAUCAUUCUCUGACCUUGCCGAUAAGUUCUCCGCCUUCUUCGCAAGUAGUAAGCGCAUCAGGAAGACUGCGGCGACCCUCAUGCAGCUUCGCCAAGGCCCGAACGAGACUCUACGUAACUUCAUGACGAGGUUCAACGGGGAAAGGUUGCAAAUACCCGAUCUCCACAUCACAGCUGCUGUUUCAGCUCUUAUGUAUGCGGUUAAGUGUGAGGUCUUCAAGAUGUCUUUGUCUAAGACACCCCCAAAGUCCGUCACUGAGCUUCUUACCCGAAGAAAGAAGUACAUUAAUAUGGAGGAGGCAAUGAAGACUAUCCCGAGCUCAGAGAAAACCCAGCUGAAGAGGCCGAGUGAACCAAAUUUGAGACGUGAUUAUGACAGGGGAAGGCCGAAGCCUGACGGGCUACCCGGGCCCUUUACCCGCUUGAACACGUCAAAGACCAACAUAUUGAUGGAGAUUAGAGACAUGAAGGAACUUAAAUGGCCCCCGAGGCUGCGGUCUCUACCAGGAGCCCGGGAUAAAAGCAAAUACUAUGACUAUCACAAAGAUCAUGGGCACACCACAGAGGAAUGCCUGAUAUUACAACGGGAGAUUGAGGCACUAAUCAGAAGAGGAUUCCUGAAGGCAUACAUCGGGAAUGACAAACGCCCGAGGAAUGAAUACAAUAGAGGAAAGAUCUCGGAGUCCAGGGAAGAGAGCAAACAAACGGCGGGAACGAUUAACAUUAUUGUUGGGGGGAUAGCGUCAGGAGGCGAUUCACACAAUGGGAGGAAACAGUAUGCCCGACAGUACGGUUCGGCCUAG